GGCAUGUGUGGAUAGAGUAUAAGAGAGGUGACAUCCAGGUGGAACAUCACACAGGUGAGCAUUCACAUUCUGACAUCUCCGCCUUUUAAUGCCUGAGGAUAUUACUUUACUGCACCACACGCAGGAGUGCGCCUUCGACGGAUCAUCCUUUUGGUAUGCUGACAGAAAUGGAGACGAUGGCUUAUGCAACCGAGAUCAAGCUAAGUGGAGGCAGGGGAGCCUGGAGUGGAGUGGCUCCUUCCUCCUGCCCUGAGGUUGACCUGGAAGUCAUCGAGGAGUACCUGCAGGAGCAUUCACUGGAGGUCCAGCCUGCACACACGCCUGCAUCACCUCUGACCUCAAUGGGGCAACACAUACACUCCCGCCAAGGCAGCAGAAUUAUAGAGAAUAGUUGGUCAGGUCAGCAUGCUUAUGAGUGGCACUGUGGCGCUCACAGUGAGGAAUACAGACAGCAGCCCCAAGCCUGGCCUAGUCCCCAUGACAACCAGUGGGGACACAUAGCAUAUUCCGAUGAGGCAUCUGGAUACAUUGACUCAGAUUCCCAGUCCAGUAGCUCCCAGUACCAGGAUUCGCCGUCACCAUCCUCUGACACGGGGAGCAGGAAGGACAGAGGUGCCCUGCCUCUUGCACCACUGUCAGGAAAGAGGAAGGAGCGGCUGUUCCAGUUCCUGUUUGAGAUGCUUCAGACGCCAUCGAUGCGUAGCUGCAUCUGGUGGGUCCAGUCCUCCUCUGGCACAUUUCAGUUCUCUUCCCAAAACAAGGAGAGCCUGGCCCAGCUGUGGGGUCGGCGAAAGGGGAAUCGCAAGCCCAUGACGUACCAGAAGAUGGCACGGGCUCUAAGGAACUACUCUCGCACAGGCGAGAUUCACAAAGUUAAACGGAAGCUCACUUACCGCUUUGAUGAGAAGACGCUAAAAUGUCUACAGGGAGACUCAAAUACAAAGUAGAAACAAUGAGUCUAUAUUAGCAUAGAAAUAGAAUAAGGACAAAGGAUGUCAAGGGAAAUCACUUUGGGUGUCCCAUGAAUCUCGUGUCUGCUUAUUAUAGUUCUGUGGCAUUUUGAAUAACAAAUGAAUACUGAGUAUUUGAAAGCCAGAAGCGGAUGCACCGUAGCUCAGAGUCAGUUAUACAUACAGACCCACAUUGUAUUCAGUGUGAGGGGAAGAACUGUAAAUGCAAACUUCAGGUACAGGCUAGGUGGGAGAGGUGAUCUGGCUUUUAUCAUGUAAAUCGAAAAGGUUAUUGUAGAACAUCUACUUUAUAAGUAGAACUUAAAUCCUUCAAAUAAAAGUAGCAUAUUUCUCUUC